AUGGGAGUUUACCUUUUACUCUUCGCCUCGCACAUCAUGCCGGCGGAUCCCAUCUCGGAUCAGAGCUUUGCGGUGAAGGCGGCUUUCCGGAUGAAUACGAAGGUGCAGAUGGGGCCAGGCCUUUGGAGGCUUCCUGCGUACAUGAUCGGGAGGCCAGGGGUCAGAAAGGUCAUCGAAGCAGUGGAGAAGCAGGUAGCAGCUAACGGUGAUGAUUUCGAGUUGCUGAUAUCAAGGCUGAACGCCGGGCUUAUAGCGUAUGCGACGGAGGAAAGGAAGCACAUUUGGGUUAUGAUGGCUCACCUUCAGCACACGGUAGCCGACUUGAAGCAGGCCUGGCUGGGUGACCCGAGUUGUGCUCGGCUGAAGGAGUUGCUGGACGAAAGGGAGGCGCAGCUGAAAAGCUAUUGGCUGGCAUGGCAGGAGAGGCAUCAUGUGAUGGCUGGAAUGAACGAGGAGGUCAUGGGGGAGGUGGCGUCCCCGCACCUGUCUGCGAAAAUCAAGUACAGGAAAGAAAAUACACAGAUUAAGGAGUUAAGCGCCGGAGGGGUUCUGAUCACUGAAAACAAGGAGAUCCUGGGCGUGGCUUCUCAAUCAGAAAAGGAGGUGCAGCGGGCCUUCCAUUCGAUGGCGAAGAACAAGGCUUCGGGCAGAGACGGGCUGCCUAAAGAACUGUUUGAGGAGCACUGGGACGUCCUGGGCAAGCAUUUCAUGGUUUUGGUGGAAAGUUUCACCGCGUCCUCGUCGAUACCUGCAAGCACGAAGGAUGUGGUCACCAUCCUGUUACACAAGAAGGGAGGCCGAAAUCAAAUCGAGAACUACAGGCCGAUUACUCUCCUGAGUUUCACUUACAAGGUGCUGGCAAGGGUGGUCCCGGAUAGGAUGAAAAGAGUUCUACAUGAAGUGAUCUCACCGGAGCAGUACAGCUUUCUGCCAGGGCGGAGGCUGUCUGAUGCAGUGGGGCUAGUCGCGGACGUGAUUGAUGCCGCCAAGAACAAGGAGAAGGAUUGGUAUCUCCUGCUGGUGGACUUCAGGAAAGUGUUUGAUUCGGUCUCGAUGAACUACUUGUUCAUGGUGCUGGAGAGGAUAGGCUUUCCCAGCAGGUUUGUCGGCUGGAUCAGGGGCCUGCACGAGGGUACACAAACGAGGUUGUUAGUUAAUGGCUGGCUCGGUGAAGCAGUGGAGGUGGUGUUGGGGGUGACAGGGCUGCCCGCUAGCGCCUUACCUUUUCUUAUUUGCCGUGGAACCGCUGGCGCAGGCAACUACAACCCGGAAGUCGGGCCUCACUGGGGGGGAGCAGCGGCUGGCCUACUUGGGGUAUGCCAACGACACGACGCUCCUGCUGCAGGGGGAGGAUCAGAUUGCGGAAGCUGA